AACAAACUGACUCCAGCACACUCUGAUAUUUGAGGCUGAUAAAUCCCAAGAUUCCAAGUAUCUCAAAGGAUCUGGGGGAGCUACAGACACCCCACUAUGGGGAGCUACAUGAUGAAGUUCUGGAGCUGCUCUCAACAUCAGUCCUGUUCAAUGGACAGUAUAGAUCCUGCCCGUGAAAGGGAGGUUAGAGGUUCAGUAUGGCCAGGACCCAGCCUGAGAGGAGGUGCACCUCGUCUAGAAUCUGUUGGAGAAGAUGAUGAACUGACAGUAGAAAAUGGUGACCCCGGUGGGGAGAUGUUGGAGAAGUUUUCUCAGAGUGCCCGCAAACAUUCCCUUCCACAGCAGCUUGACUCUGUUGGGGUAAGACAGGAAUACCAUGCUGUGAAGAAGUCAACUCGGUCCCUGAGCACUGCUCAAGUGGAAUCCCCUUGGAGACUAGCUCAGCCGUCCAUUAUCUCCACCAUUGUGUUGAUGAAAGGACAAGGCAAGGGCCUUGGCUUCAGUAUUGUGGGAGGUCAGGAUUCAGCCAGAGGCCGGAUGGGGAUUUUUGUCAAGACAAUUUUCCCCAGUGGAGCAGCUGCUGCAGAUGGAGGACUCAAAGAAGGGGAUGAAAUCCUAGAAGUGAAUGGAGAAUCCCUACAAGGACUGACCCACCAAGAAGCCAUUCAGACCUUUAAGCAACUCAAGAAACGUAUUGUGGCCCUGACAGUUCGCACAGGGUUACGUGGCCUCAGCCUUACUCCAUGCCCAACAUUCACACUAAUGGGACAAUCAAGAUACCUGAGCACUAAUGCCAGUGGAGGAACUCCCUUGCCCAGCUCAGAUAAAGGAGAUUCUUCUUCUUUGGGUCGAAAAGGCCCAGGACCCAAGGACAGGAUUGUCAUGAAAUUCACACUCAACAAAGAGCCAGGAGUUGGAUUAGGCAUUGGUGCCUGCUGUCUGACUUUGGAAAAUAGCUCUCCAGGCAUCUAUAUUCAUAGCCUUGCCCCAGGAUCAGCAGCCAAGAUGGACAGUAGAUUAAGCCGUGGUGACCAAAUCCUGGAAGCAGAUUCUGUCAGCCUCCGCCAUGCUGCAUUAAGCGAAGCUUAUGCCAUCCUGAGUGAGUGUGGCCCAGGACCGGUUAGCCUGAUUAUUAGUCGGCACCCAAACCCAAAGGUUUCUGAACAGAUGGAUGAAGCAAUAGCUCGUUCCACUCACCGAGAUAGCAAAGAGGCCAGUUCCUCCCGUGUCUUAGGGGAUGAAAUCCUAGAAGUAAAUAGAGAAUCCCUACAAGGACUGAUCCACCAAGAAGCCAUUCAGACCUUCAAGGACAAACAUGCCCAGUUCUUUCAUCUGAUCCUGACGUGUCAUGAACUCAAGGCCCUUCACCACCCUGGUAGGCCUCAAGCCAGUUAUGUGGCUCUUCAUCCGUCACAGAAGGGAGGGGAGCUACAUGACCUCACAGGCCCCGUCCAGGUCUACCAUUCUUGAAUCCUAGGAGGCCCCAGAAAAAAUGUCUGUUGUCACCAAAUUUACUACAGCAAGAAUUCUCUGCAGCUAUUACAGUCUGUCUCACAUAAAAGUGGGGAAAGUCAAUUUUAAACAAAUGAA